AUGGCACAGUGCGAAACUAGUCUGUCUGCCUUCGUCUUCUCUUCCAGCACUGAACAAUGGCAAGCUACUGCAUCCAAGAAUUUGAGAGAUUUGGGCCUUGACAGGUUCGAGUCGAUCACCAUGUCACAUGGCCCCGUUUCUUGUCAGAGGCGCCAUUAUGCUUAUGGUUGCUUCUACUGGGACUGGGUUGUGAUAAGCAUAAAUAAGUUGCUUGUGUUUGACACCAUCAGGAUGGAAUUCUCUGUUGCUGACCUCCCACCUGGAGAUUGGAGUAUGCAAGGUUUAGCCUUUGUGGAGGCAGGGGAAGGCAGGCUUGGGAUGUUGUGUUUCGAUGGUGAAUUCGCAUCUCAUCUCAGUCUCAGUUAUGCCAUUGUGCAUAACAGUGGUGAGAGUCCCAACCAGUGGCUGAUGGAGAAGACAAUCUCACUAGAUUCUGGGUACCAUUAUUUUAUCAAAGCUGUAACAGAGAGGUGUUUGCUAUUGAUGAGAACAGAAUCCCUGCCAGGUUCACCUAUAGAGAAGCCACUCCUUGAGUAUUUCACAAUGGACAUGGAGACAUUGCAGCUUCAGAGGGUUUGUGCGAAACGGUUCAAGCUCAGGCUACCCACGUCAAGCAUAUAUGCCUACUUUUUUCAAACCGGGAUAUAUACCAACUUUCCACCAUCGUUGUCACCUCCACGGACAGUAUGA